AUGGCUGCCGCUGGAUGUGCGUCACUUUUUGUUGCUCUGAUUGGCUUGUAUCUAUCAAAUUGCAACCACAGGCUUUUUGAUCUAGUCUUCCUCAGGCUAGUGAUGCUUUGGUAGUGUAGGAUAACAUUUAAGGAAACGAUUGUAAUAUAACUUUAGGAUUUACUAUUUUGUGUUUAGUCAUCUAGCAGACACUUUUAACCAAAAUGUCUUCUUGAAUUCAGAACCAUAUCAUUGGCUCUGAAUUCAAGACGUCAUGAAUGGCAUAAAUAUUUGGAAUCAAUGAUUGAUGUGAAGUCAUGGACGGCGGUAUGAAUGAUGUGAUGUCAUGGCGGUGGUAUAAAGUACGUUUUAUGAGGUAAUGUGGCUGUGGUAUGAAUGAUGUCAUUGGCUGUGUUAUGAAUGAUGUCGUGGCUGUGGUAUAAAGUACCCUUUCUAUUGUAAAGGCUGGGUAUAGAGCGGGAGGUGAUAUCACAGCUGUUGUCUCCUGCAGACAGAUGAUGGAGCAGCAGCAGCAGAUGCAGGCGCACAUGGAGCGAGAGCGACGGUCCUCCAACUCAGGUUCUCCCUUCCAGGGCCACCAGGCUGUGCUCUCGGUGGCUCCCCCCGUGAUGCCGCCCCCCAUGGGUGGGGGCGGACCCCCGCCACCACCGCCUCCCCCCGGACCUCCUCCCCCCUCCGCGGGCGCGCCGCCCCCUCCCCCUCCCCCCGCCGCUGCCAAUGGGGGGAGGCGGGGGAGGUUUCCGCGGAGACGAGCCCAGCGGCCAACGGGACUGGCCGCCAUGAUCGCCGGCGCCAAGCUGCGACGCGUUCAAAGAUCGGAGGACAGCUCCAACUCCAACGUAGCUCCGAGCAACAAGAACGACGCCAACAGGACCAGCGGUGGGGGGGGCGGGGGGCUGAUGGAGGAGAUGAACGCCCUGCUAGCGCGAAGGUCAACCACACUACAAGGCUCUCUCAUUGACCUCCAUUCAAACUCCUAUUGGCUAGAACUACUUUCAGAGAGGCCAGAGGACAACCAAAAUGAAGACCCAAAUUCUCCCUCACCCAGUACCCGAAGCCAGAAUUCCACAGAUGGUGCGAAGAAGCCUUGGGACCGGGCCAACUCAGCAGAACGAUCAUCACUGGUGUCCAGGGUAAGGCCUGUCGGGAGCAGCAGUGAAACAGACGCCUUAGACCUGGACAGGAUGAAACAGGAAAUCUUGGAUGAGGUGGUCCGUGAAUUACACAAAGUAAAGGAUGAAAUAAUUGAUGCCAUUAGACACGAACUCAGUAGAAUCAGCACGACAUAAUCUACCGGAGCAGUUUCUUCGUUCAGACCCCCCCCCCCACCCGCGCACCAUCACCCCUGCAGCCCCCCCCCCGCUGCAGUCUAGAGGAGGGAGGAGAACGUCAGGAAAUGGAGAGGCCCAGACUGUGACAUCUGUUUCAUUCCGCGUUGCCGUGGUGAUCCCUGCCACGCGGCGACCUGCGUCUCGUCUCUCGUCCCACAACAGUUUAGUUUCGUUUUUUUUUUUUAAAGGAGGAUACGAGGGUAGUGGUGGUGAUCGUGGUGGUGGUGGUGGUGGUGGGUGGGGGUGGGGACGGGGUCGGCAUUCGCUCGCACUGAUUAUUAUGGUUUGUUGAAAUUUUUGUCUGUUUGUUAGACCAGUAAGCCCUUCUGUCCUCAGUUUAAAAAAGAAAAGGAAAAAACAACGGCGUUUCUUUUUUUUUCAAAAAAUUUGUACGGAGAUGAUAUUGCUGUUGCGAUCGUUUCAUUGUUAUCUGCGUUCAUUUUUACGAUUGUCAGUGUCAUGCAGUCAAUGCGAGUUGUAGUAGUUUGGUAGCAACAGUGGUGAUAAUGAUGCGAUAACGAUGGUAAUGAUAAUUUUGACCGGUAUAUUAUAUUGCACAUUAUUUUAUGUCAACCUUUUGUAUUUUAUAUGAAUCAUGAAUCAUCAUGAAUUUUGUUUUAUUUUUUUGUCAUAGAUCGUAUUCAAAGAACACCGUUUUCAACAUCUGACCUGACUUUUGUAUUCUUUUUCCCCCAAAACAAAAAAUCAACGUUUUGACUGACUGAAAAAUCCCAGGUCUUGGCCUGAGACAGAGGGUGAAAUAAAAUAUUGUUCUUUAGAUAUUGCAAACUUAUGAAGAAAAAAAAAAACACACACACACCAGAGUAUUUGUGAUCAUGUUGUUAAUAAAAUGUUUAUUGGCUGCAAGGAUUUGAUGAAGUAUUAUUCAUUUUAUUAUUCAUUCAUUCAUUUUAUGACAAAGUGAUUCCUGGUUUUGAUGAUGAAAAACACUGAGUUUAAAAUGGGAGUCAAUAAAACUGUGAACAAUG